UUUUAUUUCAGGUCAAUACUCUAGUUUUUAUUAUUCAUAAUAAUUUUUUUUAGAGUGUAAUGAGACAAAUAUUAUCAGGAGUAGACUUUCUUCACUGUAAUCGAGUUGUACAUCGUGAUCUCAAACCACAAAAUGUUUUAGUAUCUAGUGACCUUAGAAUUAAAAUUGCUGAUUUUGGUUUAGCAAAGAUAUAUGAUUUUGAUAUGAAGUUGACUUCAGUAGUAAGUAAUGAUUUAAUUAAGAUAAGAGGACAUCAAACAUGCAUUUUCCUUCUAUUUAGAUAAACAUAGUAAGUAAGCAUUAUAUCAAACGUGUGUUUUUUUACUUCCAAUAGUACUUAGGCCUUGUGGGGUGUAUAAACAUGAUUUUAGUGAUAAAGUAAACAUAAUAAGUUUUACUAAAUGUGUAUAGUGCAGUGUUUAAAAAAUUUUUUCUUUAACAGAUUUUAUUUAUCAUUAAACAUUUUUUUUAAAUCUGCAGAUUAAGAUUUUUGAUAAAAAUGGUUUUUUAGACAUUAUGUAAAACUUCUCAUAUUUAUUUUGACAUUACUUUUAUAUGAUCAAGAAAACCUGAGUAUUACUGUAAGUAUUAAAACCCUAUUUUUCUAUACAGUUUGUUGAAUAGAGACAAUAAAUGCAUGUUUGAUGUGUUCCUUAAGAGAAAUGUAUGACUACUAGAAAAUAUGUAUUAUGUAUUAUUCCGUUUAGGUUGUAACAUUAUGGUAUCGAGCACCUGAAGUUUUAUUAGGUUUACCUUAUGCUACUCCAGUUGAUGUGUGGGCUUGUGGCUGUAUUAUGGGAGAGAUGUAUAAAUUAACUCCUCUAUUUGAUGGUGAAUCCGAAGCAGAACAGUUAGAUAGGAUAUUUAAGUAAUUACUAAUUAGUGAUUAAGAUUAAAAUAUUAGUACUUUAACUAAGAAUUAAAACUAUUUUAGGAUAAUUGGUCUACCAUCUGCUAUGAAUUGGCCAAAGAAUGUUUCUCUGUUGAGGAGUUCCUUUGAGUCUUACUCACAAACUUGUUUGAAGACUGUAAUUCCUGAAAUAUGUUCCAUGGGAGAAGAUUUAUUAAUGGUAAGAUUUAGGGAUAAUUUAAUUUUAAAUAUUUUUGGAUUUUUACUAAUUUAUUCAAAUUUAUAAUCUCAAUUAUUUUUAGAUGAUUAAAUAUUUGAGAUUCACUAAAUUCUAAUUUCUAAAAUUAUAAGAUAUUAUAUAUUAUAUAUUUGAAUUAUGUUAUUUAACUAUUAUAAAUAACAUAAUUUCAAUUUUCAUAUAGUAAAUUAAGUUGUUUAAUAAUGAAAGAGUUUAUUUUAAUUUGAUGGACAUUGGGAAUAAUUAAGUUAACUUAUAUUUUAAAGCAAUGUGAGAAGUUUAACAGUAUCAAAAAUGUGAUUUAUCUGACUAUUUGAGAUUAGUUAUAUCCAAGUUGGGAUUUUGAUGCAUUUAAAUUUUUGUGUGUAUAAAUACUAUUUUAUAAGUAGAUAAUGUGUUUUAGAAUAUAAUGAUUAUUUCUAAAUGUUAUUUUUGAGAUUUUUAAAUACAAUGAGUUUUGUAUAGAUGAUUAGAAAUAUAUAUUUUUAAUUAAUAUUUUAACAGUGUAUUUUUUUAGGUAAAUUUUUUUUUUGUUUUUAGAAAAUGUUAAAGUUUGAUAGUACCCAACGAGUGACAGCUCGUGAGGCUUUGAAACAUCCAUACUUUAAUGAAUAAAAUUGAUUGUGUCUACCUUGGAUACUAUUGAUGUAAGUAUUUAUCUAAAGAAAAAUUUAGUUAUUAUAAUUCAUGUUGUGUUCUUAAUUAUUUUAAACACUUACUGUAAGUGUAUAUUGUAAUGAACAGUUUUCGUGCAUAAUAAGUACAACUAAAGUUUUAUUAUUAAACAUGUAAUUAUAAAUAAUAAAAUUAUUAAUGUUUCAAAGUUUGAUAAAAUGUUAAACAACAUUUAAAAAUAUUUGUAGAUAAUAGAUAUGUUUUAUUUAAAAUAAAUACACACUAGUAUUUUUAAAAAUAAUUAUGUAUUUAUUUAUAUUGAGUGUAGUCUAUAUUAGACAAGGCUGGGCAAGUUAAGACCAAUUUUUAACUAGUUUAGGUUAAGUUGUCUUAAAAAAUUAAAUAGGUAUGUUAAAUUAAAAAUGUUCAGGAAAAUAAUAACUUGUUUAGUUAAUAUUAGUAGUUACUUCUUAAAUUUACCCUUUACUAUACACUCAUAAACAUAUUUUUUACACUAAUAUUUAGAAUUAUACAAGACUUGUGAGGUUAUAUAGGUACAUAGUCUCUUGUCACUUUAAAGAUACCAUACCCAUCUUAUUAUGUUAAAAUGAUAUUCACGUAAAAAUAUAUACUUUUCAUCAGAAAAUAAAUACAAAAGAAAUACACGUACACAUUUUUUUUUUAAACUAAUUCGAAAUUAGCUUUGGAAAUAUUUUAUAUUGUAGCAAAAUAUCUGAGUUCAAAUUAUUUACUCAAAGAAAUAAAUAAGUUAUUUUCUACCAUUCUAAUUUUGUUUAACUAAUUAAGUUAAAAAUUAUUAAAUAUAGUAACUUAUUAGGUACUUACCUUCAAAUUUUUAAAAUAGUUAUUGCUCAGUUUUCGAACUAGGGCUGCCAUUUGACCUGUUUUUGAUGGAACACUGCGGGUUUUAAGUAUGCUAUCUCGAUAUUCAUUAAGUGCUGGCUGGGAUUAAAUAAUAUCAGUUUUCUAAAAUAAGUCCUAAAUCUUCAAAUAUUUUCAAUUUUACAUUAAAUAAUUAAUAUAAUUAAUAUACAAUUUAGGUUGUUAAAAAAUAAUACAUUUUGUAUAAAAAAAAUUAUUAAAAAUGUAAAAUCUCUAAUGAGUAAUUAAGAAUUGAAAUCAAAAUAGGUAUAUACCUAUUGUUUUACUUUUUUACUUAUUUUACUUUCUAGUUUACUUUCUUGUAUAAUUUUUAACACUGAUUUUAGAUUUUAAACUGAGUGGGGAAUGUAUUGAGAUAUAAUGAAUGGACAAUUUUAAACAAAUUUUUGUUUAACCCUUUUCAUUUAAUUAUAUAUAAAAUAUUUUUUAUAUUUUUUUAUAUAUAAAAAAUAGUUAUUGGGAACUAACAUGGUAUGUAUGAUGUAUCAACACAAACAUUCAUUAGGUUGUAUACUAUCUGCUUCUUGGAUGGUAUUUGUGUAGUCAGAUAUACCUACCCGUAUAGUUAUAUAUAUAAACAAUAUUUUAGGCCACAUUAAAGUUUACAAGAGUAUGGGUGUGAAUGCCACUUAAUAUGACUGCUCUCUCUCUGUUCAGUAGCUAGAGUAGAGCUGUGUGCUACGCUUUGCAAUGUGUAAUGUGUGACAUAUGACCUGCGGGUAAAAAUUAAUUUUUUUUUUCAAUUAUUUAAAUAUUACAUUUAUUUUAUUUUUUUUCAUUAUCAUUUUAAAUUUUUAAUAUUUAAUAAUGUUUUAUUCGGGCAAUAUAAUGUUUGUCUGUUAACACAAUUUUCGAUCAGAGGAUUUGUUUGAUGUAUUAUGAAUAUCAGGAGGGAGAAGUUAUGUUAGAAUUGUUUAUCUAAUUUUAUUUGGGAGGUUUAUUGAAAUUCCUCGUAGGUACUUUUUUUUUUAAAUAGAGUGGAGACUGACAAAAAAAUUGCGGGAAUAUUGUGUGAUUUUGGACAAACUUGUAUGCAGAGAUAUAAAAUGUUGAACAAUGAGAUGGGGGUUAUUAUUUUGAAAAUUAAUUUUUACAAUAUUUAUACUUGAGAAUCACACUUGGUUUUUCAUACAAACUUUAUUUUUUGAUUUCUGGAUUAUCUUGGUUACUAAAAAAAAAAACUUAUGGUCUUCACAAUAAGUCGUCAAAUCAUACAAUAAUUUAUAAAUUAUGAUUAGUAAUGUAAUUGGGCUCUUUUUUAUUUUAAUCAAAUGAGAAUUAACUAUUAAUUUUCAAAUUUUAUUUUUAUUUAAUUUUAUCAAACUUUGUUGUGUUGUUUUUUUAAUCUUUUCUAAUUAUUUAUGUACCUUGUUAGAAAUUUAUAUUAUGUUUGUAUAUAUUAAACAAUUUCUUAUUUUUAUUUAAAAUUGUAAAACUAAACUUACAAUAGUAUAAAAAUGUAUUAUUUUAAUGAUGAUUUAGAGUUUAAUUAUUAUUAUUUGAGUGGUACUUGUUUAUUAUUAUAUUCAUGCUAGUGAGUUAGUGUAUAGUUGAGUUCAUUUUUGUAAAAAGUUUUAAAGUGGUUUUAGACAUUAGAUUAUUUCUUCAUAUACACUACUGUUAUUUUGACAAUGUUAUGACAUUAUGUCAUAUGAUGUAGUUGAAAUCGUCGAUCAAUACAAAUUACUUAUAAUAUUUAUCAUUUUUUUGGAUAUUCAGAAUAGGGUUCUAUAUUUAAUUGUUUAAAUGAUAAUAAGUUAUUUUAUUAUAAUGUAUAAGUAUUAUUUAUGAAUGUAUAUUGUAUAUCAAUAUAUUAUUUGUAAUUUAACUUGUACAUUUUUUACAAUAUACCUAAUGGUUAAUUUUCAAAAAUUUUAAUAAUAUCUAAGAAAUAUGAUUUCACCAUCAAACUGUAUAACAGAAGUGUAUUUUUUGAUUUACACAUGUGUUUCAUACCAAUACAUUUUUAAGAAAAUUAUAUAGAGAAAUACAUAAAACUAUGAAAGUUGUGUAGUAAGAUUUAAAGAUUUCUUAAUACCAAUAAUUAUUUUAGUUCAUAUUUAAUUAAUCAUUUUAAGAUAAUACAUUACAAUAAAAUUUUAGAUUUUAAGUGGACUGAAUAAUCCAUUUGUUUUACACUGAUGUAUUUUUUAUUUGAACAAAUUUUCUUAGAUACGUAAGUGUAGCACGUUUUCUGAAAGAAAAUCGAACUGGUGUAUUUUAAGACAGUUAUUAUUUGAUUUUCUCAGGGGUUUUAAUAAUAAAUUGGAAAAAACUGCCAAAUUUACAAAAUGUAUUAUUUUCAAAUCUUAAAUAAAACUGCCUUUCAAAACAUGUAUAACCGAACUUUGCUUAGAGUUGUUUUUUUGUUAGUAAUGAUUAAUCUUUGCGUUUAAAUAUACAUUAAAUUUUUCCUCUAUCUUUCUAAUUGCUUCUCUACACCAGUGGCUCACCCAUUAUGCAAACUAUGUCCGUUUGUUUUUAUAUUUAAAAUUUAUGUUAUAGACAAGUACCAUGUAAAUUGAACUUUACAUCUCAUUGUGUUUAUGGAAUUUAUAUUACUUGUAACUUAAUCUGAGUUUCAUUAUCUUGCAGACAUUUUUUUAACGCCACAUACAAAUACUUAGUUUGUAUGAAUCAGUCCAAGGCAAUGUUUAAGUUAUACUCAACAGUAUUGCAGGUCUUGAAGAAAAAUAGCAUUCCUAAUUAGAAGUUACAAUUUGAGUUCCAGUACGGCUAACUUUUUGUGUAGAUGUUAGAACAGUUACCAAAAUAUUAUAUCUGGUACAUAUUUGUUUACCACAUAAUUAAUUUUUAAGAUCUCUCACUGUAUUUAUAUCCAACUGUGGAUCUCGGAGCUUAGUAACCGACCAACGAAUUUAAAAAAUAUUUUUAAUUUUGCUCAAUGACUACAUAUUUUCUAAUCAGUAAAUCAAAAGACUUGCCAUGUUUUUGUCUUUACUGACAAAUCUUUUCCGUGUUUACUUCCUUUUGUCUGUACUUGUAUAAUUUAAGUUUUUUCUAGUAUUUUUCUUUUUGUGCACUGAUUGGAUAAAGUAAAAAAAAAAAAAAAAAAAAAAAAAAAAAAAAAAAAAAAAAAAAAUGCAUUAUUUAUAAUUUUUUUUUUGUAUAUAUUUUGUCUUAUGUAUGUUUAGUACCUUGGGUUUUGAUUUUUAAAAUUGGGUCGUACCUCGUUUUUUAAUUAUAAAAUAUUUUUUUAUCUUCCUCUAUUUUUUUUUUUUUUUUUAGUGAUUUAAGUCUUAAAAAUACUUUUUAUCUUUAGAUAUAAAAUAAAUGGACU